GUGUUUGCGUCACAGGUUAGUGCUAGCUGUCAAUUGCAAACAAAACGUCUAACUACAACUUUAUAUUUUAGGCAAAACUUGGAACUCAUGGUGGCAGGGAAAUUAGCCUGGAAUCCGCAAUUAUCUAGCUACUGUAAUAGUAAUGCAUGAAUGCCGCUGCUUUCGUCGUAUAGCCUUUUUCACGAGGACGUACACUAGAGAGCUAGCUAGUGAGCUACCGCUAGCUAGCUGACUUGCUAAGUUAGCUACCUAAGAAGGUGAAAGAAGACGGCAGCUGAACCGAAGCUAUACCAACUUACUCAGACCUAUGCGACUGAUAUCAGUAUACUGUAGGUGAGUGAUGGAGACGAGAGAGUUGACCGUGGUGGCUGGCAGCUUCGUGGGGUUUCAGCUGCUCUUCUCUGUGGCCAGCCCGCUGUUCUCCUCAACUUUCACCCCUGGCUACGGCCACCUGCCCUCCACCAAGCUCACUGAGUGGAACUCCAGAUUGGUGUCCACUGUCCAUGCUCUGAUCGUGGGCCUCUUCUGUCUCUACAUCCUGUGGUUUGAUGAUGCUGUCAACACAGACCCCGUCUGGGGGGAGCCUGGACUAGUGAAACUUAAUGUGGCCAUAACGUGUGGUUAUUUGCUCUAUGACCUUGUGCUUCUGGCCACUAACUGGAGCACAAUGGGGGACAGCUUUUUUGUCUGUCACCACUUGGCGGCGCUCUAUGCAUAUGGAUAUGUCUUGUCUCGUGGCGUGCUUCCUUAUUUCGCCAACUUCCGUCUCAUUUCAGAGUUAUCCACACCUUUUGUGAACCAAAGGUGGUUCUACGAGGUGCUGAAGUACCCUCGCUCGGACCGGUUGGUUGUGGCCAACGGCAUGGCCAUGGCAGUGGUCUUCUUCAUGGUGCGCAUCUUCGUUAUGCCUCCCUACUGGGCUCGGGUGUUUGCCACCUUUGGUACGGAGGCCUUCGAGCGCUUGGGCAUCGGUGCUCAGGUGGCCUGGAUCACAUCCUGUAUCGCCCUGGACAUCCUCAACACCAUCUGGAUGUACAAGAUCGCCCGCGGCUGCUACAAGGUCAUGAUGGGCGCCAGCGGCAGGAAGGCCAAAGAGGUCUCCCCGCUCAAGCAGAACCAUGUGAAUAACCACACAGACUAAGAGAUACUGGCCGGAGGGGGGGAGAUAGGAAGGACUUCAAGGGCUCUUAUAGCCCCUGCUAGCUCCAGCCUUGCUAUUAUCUCCAUACCCAGAAAUCAUGCAGCCGAAUGGAGUCAGGUCCUCAUCAGAUUCAGCCUCACAGAAUGAGACUGGUCCCACACUAGCUUCUGUACCUCAGUGUUUCAUCAAUGGUAUGGAGGUACCCUGGCUGAGUUUUGUUGGAGAUGACAGAGUAGCUGUUAAGGACACUCAUUCUUGUUCACCUUCAACUUCAACCCAAGCUCAGUCAUCUGAAGUGCCUGUGAUGGACAGGUGAAAGCAAUAAAAGAAGAAACCGUACUCUGGGUCUGUCGGAAACUCCCUCGGCCAUCAUUUACCCUUUUCAGUUCCCUGACCCGUCCACCCAGAGGAGAGCCUCCUUCUUUGCCCACAGAAUAAGGACCUGUUAGUGUGCCAGUUUGUGCUAGUUUGACAGACCGAGACACCACAAUGCCUCUUACUGCAUUUGCUGUGGCCUCCUUUUUAUGAACACCACCUAUAUCGCCAGCAGACCGGUCCCCCGCUCACAGCAACAGUUCAGAUUGAAUCCCCACUGGAUUUCCCAUCCACAGCCUGGAUGCACAUCCAGGGGAAAUGGAGACAGGGAUGUGGGGAUUGGAUCCUACCGCUAACGCCAACUCUCCGGAAUCAUGUUUUUCAUUGGACGCUUUUGCCUCAUCUCAUCCAGGGUCUGGCUGUGCUGUGUUUGGGUCUCAGUUAUCUCAUUUGUUCCUCCUGUUACUCAACAUCAAAACCAGGAAUUGACAUCAACGCGUCUUAACUUCACUACACUCAUAACCCUCUGUCACAGCGGAGCUGUUAAAUCCAUCCAGUUUGAUGCUUCUGUUCUACCUCUCCCCUGCCUCCCCUGCCUUUAUAAAGACUUGUCAGUCCCUCCAUAUGAGAAUAAUCUGAGUUUUUUUCUCCUUCUGUCAACAUGUUUUAGCCUUUGAAAAGAUCUCAUCCAUUAUCUCUAGUUCAGUGGACUGGAAAGGACGUUUUCUCUCAGUUUCUCUGGAGAUUUUCCCAGCCACUGCAGUGUAACACUACUGUUAAACACAACACUUGUUCUAGUGUCUAUCUAAGGUACCUCUGGGGAUUUUAACUUCCAUUUUUCUCUAUUUUCUGUGUUAUAUUGAGAACUGAAUUUGGAACGAGCGUGUCCCUUUUGGAGGGAAGCAUUCUCCUGUCUUAGGUGCUGUUCUGCCUACAGGGUGGCAGCCAUAGGAAUGCUAGAAAUAUGAUGUUCCCAAUCGUUUCUAUAGAUAUUCAUGUAAGAUCAAUUAUGAAUUACCUAUCAGACAAGAACAGCCAUAAGCUGGCAAUGUUGUACUAUAUGUGUAGCCAUGUAAAGUCCUACUGUAUUACUCAGUUGGAAAUCGUCCUUUCAAAUCAAGUUGAUUUGAUUGACUCAAAUCACUGAGAGCUUGUAAAGAAAACAUUGGAUUAUGAUGAUUUAUACUCUAGUUUGGAUCACUAAACAGGAUAAAUAUGAAUUGCAUUAAUCUAUGGGUUCCUCUGCACUUCAUUUUAAUCAGUGCAUUUUAUGUUUUUCACCCAGCUGUAUUGAGUGCAUGUUAAGUGUUUUUGUUUUCUGUCCUCCUCCUGUCCCUAAAGCGUUGACGUCGUUUGGGACGGGGGUCUGAAAUGUUUGACUGUUCACUGUGGAAUUAAAGCACACUCCCCAUGAUAGAGCAAUAACCUUUUGAGCCCCUCCAUGUACCACCGAGGAGGGUUGUUUUGUCGUGCCUUUACGUAACAGGAACUCUAAUGCGGUCCGGUAGAGAUUAGCAUGACAUUUUAAUGUAAAACUGCUGUUUUCCUAUUUUCUCGCUAUUGCAAUCUCUUCUCUCUAUGGAUACUGUUAUGUAUAUAUUUUUGUACCCUGCACAAUAAUGAAUCCAGACAAGUAUUCUCCAAAGUUGACCCCUCUGUAGGGCCUGCUUGUUUUUCUUCUGAAUACGGGAUCGGGCCUCGAUAUGAAUGUUGUGGUGGUUCUAGUGACAUUAGGAGGAGUGGGAAGUGGCUUAAGUGGUUAUGACCAGAAUGAAGAUGAGAUUGGAAUUGUAAUUAUUGUCAUGUAGUUACUCAGCUACUUCAGCUCGGUUGAGAAGCUAGUGAAAUUCAGCUCACUCUUCUCACCCAGUCCUCCAAUACUUCAAGCUGUGAAUAGAGCAACAUGUUUGUAUCAUUCAUCAGUCAAGAAAACAAUAUUUUCAACUGAGUACAUGUGUAGCCUGAUGAGAUUUCUGGUUCGCCAGUAGGCUGUGGUGCGCAUUUAAGUCUGCUUCGGAUGCCUGUGAGAGAGGUUGUACUUCUGCACAAUGUCCAAUGUUUGUACAAACUAUUCAUUGGAUGUGUAGUGUUUCACUGGCUUCAGUUUGUCUGUGGUGUGUUGAAUUGCAAUGUAGACCUCUGGGUGAUUUUAAAAAUAGUCAAAGUUUUGGUUUUUGGAAAUGAAGUGACACGGCAGUUUCUGUAACAUCAUGCCCGAGUGCACUUGUAUCUGCAAGAAAUAACCGUGUGACCUUUUAUCCCUUUGAAAGGCUAACAUUGUGUAUUAAGAGAAGGUACAGAUGGUCUCAGGCCCUGGUGAGAAACGAGGACUUGUUGUAGCUCCUGGAAGAACUGGUAGAACCGUUGUAUUUAUUUCAGCUGCAUUGCAUGCAUUUCAUUUCUUUUGUAAGGUUGAACUUAGCAGCGUCUCAAGACUUUUAGCCAUUUGAUACUAAAUGUCAUGGAUUAGCCAGAAAAUAACCUUUGACUGAAUCAAUGAAUUCUUGCCCCAGCUUUUUGUGGCCUCUCUCGGAUAGUCUUGCUUCACCUGUGGAGCAUAUCUGUAGACCGCAGCAGUCGUAUCCUUUAAGUCACAAGGAGGUGCGGAGAUGGAACAAAUGAAGUCAAGAAAAUAACUAAUAUACAUGAUGGUGAUGAAACGAGUGAACAUGAACUAAUGAGGAAGAAAAGCAUAGAUCAAAUGUUGCCAGUGGGUUUUUGGUUGUUUUUAUUUCUUAUUUUAAUGCAAUUUAUUGUUACAUUAUUUUCUGAAUAUUUUAAUGUGAAAAGAACAAUACACGGGCCUUAGGGUCCCUGUCUCAACACCAUGUGAUUUAGAUUGUGUACAAUGACCACUACUAAUGAAGUCGUUGUAGCACUGAAAGUUCAGACUUACUUGAAAGUUUUGCUCUUCAAUAAAUUUGAAGACAGAAAAAAGAUUUGUCUCAAUCGUUGCUUUUUGGCUUCAGAGUAACAAUUCAAACACCAUUGACUUUCAUGUAUUUUGUUUACACUGGUGCACACAAACUGAGACAAUUUCAUAAAUACUGCAUGUUGGAUGCAUCGUAGUCAAAAUGCGUACAGCAGUGUUGGAUGGUUCUAAGCCUUCUAAGGUAUGUCUUGCUCAGUCCAGUCUAGCCAGUCCAUCACAUUUUAAUUGUCACAUGCUUCGUAAACAACAGGUGUAGACUAAUAGUGAAAUGCUUACUUACGGCCCCUUCCCAACAAUGCAGAAUAAAAAUAAAAGUGACAUGAGAAAUAAAUACACAAUGAGCAAUGAUAGUUUGGCUAUAGACAGGGGGUAGCAGUACAGUUGAUGUGCAGGGGUCCGAGGAAAUUUAAGUAGAUAUGUACAUAUAGGUAGGGCUACUGCGUGGCGCAGCAGUCUAAGACACUGUAUCUCAGUACUAGAGGCGUCAAUACAGACACCCUGGUUCGAAUCCAGGCUGUAUCACAACCGGCCGUGAUUGGGAGUCCCAUAGGGCGGUGCACAAUUGGCCCAGGUCUUACGGGUUUGGCCGUCAUUGUAAGUGAGAAUUUGUUCUUAACUGACUUGCAUAGUUAAAUAAAGGUUAUAUAAAAAAAUGAAGGGAUAGUGACUAGGCAACAGGAUAGAUAAUAGUUACCUGUGUGAGAGGGUGCCAGCUACCGCUCCUCUUCUGCCCAUUCUACAGGAGUUGGAGAGAAAGAAGCAUCUGAACCACUGUUUGGCUCUGAUUGAAUCCAGCUCUACUGUGUGCGCCGGUCAAGGGGCUGGGUCACAGACUGGGCCUGGAGAGCGUUACCAAACAUGGUCACAUGAGACUCAAUGAAAGUUUCUUCUGCUACACACUCAAAACACACACACACACACUAUGUCACCUACACUAGUACACAACAUAAAUGCCCAGACGUCAGUGCUUGUAAUGUUUUUGUAGUCUGACUGAAUCUGCAAAUCUGUUGGUGCUCCUUGGAUCACAAAUCUGUCUGUUUACUGUAAGUGGAUAGUGUAUUUGAAAACACGGAUUCGAUCAUUUAGGUCUAUAAGUAUUAGUAAAAUCUCCUUUUCCAUUUUUACAUAGCAUCUUCACAGCUUUCAGCAGUUACAUUCAGCAUUCAAGCUCCCCAUGUCUUUAGCCAGCACUAUUGAGCAACAUAUUGUUACAUUAAACUAACAAAUGCAGUAUUGGGAUGUUUGAGGAGGUAUUUGUGCAGAAAGCUUUCCCAGCCUUAAAAAAACUACUCUGAAAUCAACAUUCCAGACUUCUGAGAGGCUAUGAAAAGUAACAGAUUUUUUACAAGGUACUUGAAACCCUUGACAAUUCAGUGGGGAUUUAACAUGACUUUUAACCAGUUAAUCAAAUAGCACUUUGCUAUACUAUACUAUACACAAACAUUUUAUAAAAGCACCCAAACACUUGGGUAUUAAUUCACACAAACAAUUAUUAGUCAAGCCCAGAAUUUGUUUAAACUUUCAGUCCUACUGUACAUAGACAGCCAAAAUGAUGAUGCUAACACCCCAGCCUCCUGAAUUCUUCUCAGCCUAGGUUGAGGAGGCCUUCUACCCUAAAUAGCCAGACAGAGUGGAUGAGGGUGUGGAGAGGGGGGAGCUGGAACUUAGGAAAUGACCCUCUACCAUCCAGAACAGCAGUUUUCUGUCUCUCGCUGCUUCUCCAUCUUUCUCAACAGUUCCAGCUACACAUGUGCACAUUUAUUUGCUUUGUCAAAUAUUAUGACUUGCACAAUUUGUCUGCCUCUCUUGGAUCUCGUAGCUCUCCCAAAGCCUCAGUCUUCUCAUCUCCCUUUGCCUGAGCUCUGUUUGUAUCCUAGGUGUCCUUCCUACCAAGGUGUACCCUCUCUAAUGCCUCUUUUCUUGUGUUUCUAAUUCAGUUUGAGUUUAAAGUUGUAAAGUUAUCCAAACCUUGUCAUCUCAAGACUCCAUGCAACACAGUAUUUCCAGUAUGUUAGCGUUCAAAUAAACAGACCAUCAUAAGA